AUGACAGAUAACAGCAACCAUCAGUUGGUGGUGAGAGCAAAAUUUAAUUUUCAACAGACAAAUGAAGAUGAACUUUCUUUUUCAAAAGGAGAUAUUAUUCAUGUUACGAGAGUGGAAGAAGGAGGCUGGUGGGAAGGAACUCUAAAUGGCAAAACAGGGUGGUUUCCAAGUAAUUACGUACGAGAAAUAAAGUCAAAUGAAAAACCGGUCUCCCCCAAAUCAGGUACAUUGAAGAGUCCCCCUAAAGGCUUUGAUACGUCUGCAAUUAACAAAAGCUAUUACAAUGUGGUGCUACAGAAUAUAUUAGAAACAGAAAACGAAUAUGCUAAGGAACUACAAACAAUGCUUUCAAACUACCUGCGACCAUUACAAGCCAGUGAAAAGUUAAACUCGGCAAAUACUUCAUACUUAAUGGGAAACCUGGAAGAAAUAAGUUCUUUCCAGCAAAUGCUUGUACAGUCUUUAGAAGAAUGCACCAAGUUGCCUGAAGCUCAGCAGAGGGUUGGAGGAUGUUUUCUAAAUCUGAUGUCACAGAUGAAAAGCUUAUACCUUGCAUACUGUGCCAACCAUCCAUCAGCAGUAAAUGUUCUAACGGAACACAGUGAGGAGCUAGGAGAAUUCAUGGAGGUGAAAGGUGCCAACAGCCCUGGGAUCCUUGUGCUGACCACAGGCCUCAGCAAACCUUUUAUGCGUCUGGAUAAAUACCCCACGUUACUCAAAGAACUUGAAAGGCACAUGGAGGAUUAUCACCCGGAUCGUCCAGAUAUUCAGAAAUCCAUGACUGCCUUCAAAAAUCUUUCUGCACAAUGUCAAGAAGUACGGAAACGGAAAGAACUUGAACUACAAAUACUGACAGAAGCGAUUCGUUGUUGGGAGGGAGAGGAUAUUAAAACACUUGGCAAUGUGAUUUACAUGUCCCAGGUCAUGAUUCAGUGUGCUGGAAGUGAGGAGAAGAAUGAAAGGUACCUUCUUCUCUUCCCUAACAUUUUGCUAAUGUUGUCUGCCAGCCCAAGAAUGAGUGGGUUUAUCUAUCAGGGAAAACUGCCAAUGACAGGAAUGACUAUCACAAAGCUAGAAGACAGUGAAAACCAUAAAAAUGCAUUUGAAAUAUCAGGAAAUAUGAUUGAAAGGAUACUAGUGUCUUGUAACAACCAGCAAGAUUUGCAUGAAUGGGUGGAUCACCUGCAGAAGCAAACCAAAGUCACAACUGUUGGGAAUCCCACCAUUAAACCUCACUCUGUGCCGUCUCACACGCUUCCUUCCCAUCCAGUAACACCCUCCAGCAAGCAUUCAGACAGCAAGCCAAUACCACUGACUCCUGCGUACCACACUCUCCCUCAUCCGUCACAUCAUGGCACUCCACAUACCACGAUAAACUGGGGGCCUCUGGAACCUCCGAAAACCCCCAAGCCUUGGAGUCUGAGCUGCUUACGGCCCGCACCUCCGUUACGGCCUUCAGCAGCUCUUUGUUAUAAAGAGGAUCUCAGUAAAAGCCCUAAAACCAUGAAAAAGCUGCUUCCCAAACGCAAGCCAGAACGGAAGCCAUCAGAUGAAGAGUUUGCACUGAGAAAAAGUACAGCUGCUUUAGAAGAAGAUGCUCAAAUUCUUAAAGUCAUUGAAGCAUAUUGCACAAGUGCCAAAACACGUCAAACACUAAAUUCAAGUUCCCGUAAAGAAUCAGCUCCUCAAGUCCUGCUUCCAGAAGAAGAAAAAAUUAUUGUAGAAGAAACUAAAAGUAAUGGUCAGACUGUUAUAGAAGAGAAAAGCCUUGUUGACACAGUAUAUGCAUUAAAGGAUGAAGUACAGGAGUUAAGACAGGAUAAUAAAAAGAUGAAGAAAUCAUUAGAAGAAGAACAAAGAGCUCGCAAGGACUUGGAGAAACUUGUUAGAAAAGUUCUAAAGAACAUGAAUGAUCCAUCUUGGGAUGAAACCAACUUAUAACUAAUUUGUUUUGAUUUUUCCCUUUUUCUUUCUAUUGAAAGACCAGUUGUAAAACUGAGCUGGGAAGCCUUCUGACAUUAGUCAGUGUUGCAUCAAGAGCACUACAAAACAGGAUUUAACUGGAUCUAGUGAUUUCUUGCUAUGAACAUACAGAAACAGUCAAGCCAUUUACUGAAGCAAUCUGUACUUUUAAGCGUGGAGACCAUGGAUGCUGAACUCUACUAAACUUAAUUUGUUUGCAUCUAAAUUACCUCAUUUUGCAGAAAGUGCAGCACCUGACUAAAAGUCCAUGUUUUUCAGUGGCUUUUUAAUUAAAUAUGUAUUUUUCUUGUAAAUAUCUGUAAUUUUGAAUGCAUAUGUGAUUGAUGUAUCAGGGCUGAUAUAUUUUUCUCUUGUUAUUGUAACGGUCACAAGUGUUAGAAAUGACGGCAGUACUGUCUUAGCUAAGAAAGGUCAGAGUUCUUUGUGGCUAAUUACGGAUGUGUUCCAAAUUACCCACUCAUCACACAUGCAAAUUUAAAAACCUAUUUUUCCUAUUGACCACUGUAUUUAAAUCCUUUACUGUUAUUUAUGUCUGUGCAUACAUUUUUAAACAGUUUACAAUUCUUUAAGAACAGUAUUAAAACACAUAAAA